ACACAUAGUGUUACCUAAUACAUAUGUUUAUUUCUUUACUUAGCAUCAUUAAAAUUUAGGGAAUUAAGUUCGACAUCACUUUUAUUUUGGUAAUUCAUAGUUUUCAAAUGGAAAAUAUUAUCUACUAUAUAGUAUAUACAACUAUUCUUAUUUUUUUUGCUAUUUUUUAUUUAGAGAAUUAAGAACGUCAUUUUUUUAUUUCAAAUAGACUAUUUUGGUUUUUCGGUUAGAAAAAAAAAAGUUAACAUACCAAUGAAAGAUUUAAUAUAUAUAGAUAUAUAAAUAUUUGAAUCAUUUUGACCAAUGCUAAUUAGGAAAUGCUUGAAUGUUUUUUAAUAAAUGCGAUUGGUUAUUAGUUUAAGAAAUUUAUUCAAACUUAGAAAAAUACUUAAGCUUCGAAUGUACAACUUACAAACCGCACCGCAGUUAACAUUAACAAAAAAUUCUAUAUAUGCAUAUGUAUAUUUAUAUGUUUUUGUUACUAUUAAGACUGAGCCGUAGUCGUUGUUACCGAUCAAACUCUUAUUGUGUGCAUUAAUAAAAAUUAGGUAAUUCUUUUUUUGUAGCUUAAUUAGGAAGUCCAUUUAAAAGUGAAAUUGACCAUGACUUUUUUCUUGAAUACGUAGACAUAUUGCAUAGAUUUAAUACCUUUUGAACUCAUCCCAAAUCAAAAUAAUACUUAAUAUACAUCCAAAUUCUUUUAAUAAAAAUGAAUUGUGACCACCAAUCAUAUACCGUCUCUGCCUCUGCGUGUGCCACUACUCUCUUAUAAUACAUUAAACCUACAUUCGCAUAAUUGUCCGUUUCUCUCUAUCCACUGUCUGAAACCAAACAUGAAGUCUCUGCUUCGCCGCUACUCACAAGUCGCCGAUUCCUCCUCUUCCUGCCACUCUUUUCCCUGCAACCAGAUUCUCCGCCGCCAUGUUCAUCACCCGACAUCGUUCUUGGUUAAACGAGCAUCCGUCCCAUCGAGCAUCCCUUCAGGACUUGUGCCGGUCGACGUCGGCGAGAAGAUGGAGCGGUUCUUGGUGAGUGCGGAGCUGCUUAACCACCCUGUGUUCGUCGGUUUGCUUAACCGAUCUGCUCAGGAGUACGGUUACGCUCAGAAAGGUGUUCUUCAUAUCCCAUGUAACGUCUUCGUGUUUGAGCGAGUCAUUGAGGCUCUCCGAUCUGGAACCUCUCAGUCUCGUGAUGUGUCGGAGCUUGUUGCAUCGUUAACAGGCGAUGAAGAUGUGUCUCUGUGGUUACCUGGAGUUACAGAGUAGCUGAUGGUUGUCCUUCUUGAUCUAUAGCCAAGGAUAUUUUUGUUUGAUCUUCUCCUUUUAUUGUACUGAUCAAAAAAAAUAUUUUUGAUGAUUGA